AUGCAAAGCCCCUACGACUGGUGCUUGGUGGACUUCGAGAAGAACGAACAGAAGUCUGAGGCGUUCUUGAAGAUCAAUCCCAAUGGGCGAAUUCCUGCGCUCAUCGACCGGCAAGCAGGUGUCACGGUGGCGGAAUCCGGAGCAAUCCUGGAAUAUCUCUGUGAAGUUUUGAAGAGUCCCUUGCUGCCACCCAAAGAUACAAAUCUGCAGAGGCACUUGCAAUGCAAGCAGUGGCUAUACUGGCAAGUGAGUGGGCAGGGGCCGAUGCUUGGGCAAAGCAUGUACUUCAACCGGAUCGCGGCCACGAAGGGCCAGAGGGACGACUUUGCCAUCGCCAGAUUUGGGAACGAGGCGCAGCGGUGCCUGAAGAUGUUGGAUGAGCAGCUACUUCAAACUGGAGGUCCAUUCAUCUUGGGCCAAGAGAUCUCUGUGGUCGAUGUGGCUUGCUUCCCCUAUGCGGCCAGUGCCUACUGGGCUUGCGUAGAUAUUUCGGAGAUGCCGCACCUCAAGGAGGGGACAGGGGUUCACACUUAUCGGCCCUCUUUCAAGUGCGGUUUGCAGAUUCCCUUUGCGCGACCUGCCUUCUUCGGACCACCGUGGGCCACAGAGGAGCAGAUCAUCAGCGAGCUUGGUGCCAAUGCGGCUCAGUUCUCCAUCCCCAAGAGCUGA